GUCGACGUCUUCUGUUUCUGCCUCCUCUUGCUUUGGUCUACUCUCGCAUGUUCUGAGCACGCCGCGGACUGUUGAACGGGACUUUUCACUAUGGACUAUCUGAAUGCGGGCCUGGACCUGGUGCAGUCGCGCCUCGCGUGGGUCGCGACGGACCCAUUCGAUUGGAAGCUAUACCUCCAGCUGACUUCUUGGGGCGUGUGCCUCUUCGAGUCUUACCUCUUACUUCGCCAGUUCCCGCUCUACUCCAAGACGGAGCCGCCUCCUGUGCUGAAGGACCACUUCAAGGAGGAAGUGUUCAAAAAGAGCCAGGCAUACGGCAAGGACAAGGCCAAGUUCUCCCUUCUCGCCGGCUUUUACAAGCAGAUCGUCGACUCGAUCUUCAUUCACUUCGGCAUGGUCGCCUGGUCGUGGAAAGCUGGUGGAUGGAUCGUCGGCAAGUUCGGUUAUGGGCCAGAGUAUGAGAUCACCCAAUCCAUCGCUUUCGCCUUCACGCUCUUCUUCCUUUCGUCGCUCCCCUCGCUCCCGCUCUCCAUCUAUCAGACCUUCGUUCUCGAGGAGAAGCAUGGCUUCAACAAGAUGACUCCGCAGCUCUUUGUCACGGACCUCCUAAAGUCGUGGGCGGUCGGCUUCGUUAUCGGAGCACCCUUCCUCGCUGGAUUCCUCGCGAUCUUCAAAUGGGCUGGAAGCAGAUUCGUUCCCUGGUUGAUGGCAUUCUUGCUGAUAUUCCAGAUGUCGAUGGUUGUGCUCUACCCGACGGUCAUCCAGCCGCUGUUCAAUAAGCUGUCCCCGCUCCCCGAGGGCGACCUCCGCUCGCGCAUCGAGGCGCUCGCGUCCAAGCUCAAGUUCCCGCUGAAGCACUUGUACGAGAUUGACGGCUCGAAGAGGUCGUCGCACUCCAAUGCGUACUUCUUCGGAUUGCCUUGGAGCAAGCAUAUCGUCAUCUUUGACACGCUCAUCAAGCAAAGCAAGUCUGAGGAGGUCGAAGCGGUCCUCGCACAUGAGCUGGGCCACUGGUACUACAUGCACCCGACGAAGCUCCUUUCGGUGUCGCAGCUGCACAUCUUCAGCAUCCUUGCGCUCUUCCCCGCGUUCCUACGUGCGCCGCCUCUCCUCAGGGCAUUCGACUUCCCGCCUCAGGUCGCGGCGAAGCCCCCAACUAUUGUCGCAUUCUUGUUGUACCAAAUGCUCCUGACACCGUUGGAAGCCGUCGUGGGGAUCCUGAUGAACGCCGUUUCGCGCAAGUUCGAGUACGAGGCGGACCGCUUCGCGUGCGAACUCCAGAACAAGCUGGGGGACUCGAAGAUGGCGGACAUGGGCGACCGCCUCGGGCGCGCGCUGACUGCGCUGCAUGUGGAGAACCUGAGCACCGUUUGGGUGGAUUGGCUGUACUCGGCGUACCACCAUUCGCAUCCGACGCUGACGGAGCGGUUGCGUGCGCUGGAGGGAUACAAGGCCGCCGUGGCUGCUGAGAAGACUGCGGUAGAGAAAAAGGAGUUGUAAUCGCUCGAGUGACACCGAGUAUCUUCUCGGGAGUGGGUGAGGCAGAGGUAGAGUAUGGAACAUCACUCUGUACCUACUUCGCAUACCGCGGGCAUAUUUAUUGGUUAUCCG